GCACAUGACGCAUUUUGUCAAUUUAUUGACAAUCACAAAUUCGCGUACCUUAUAAAUCAUCGUCAGCAUCAGUAUUUUUUUCGUUCCUGAUCUUUUCAAAAACAUUUUCGUAGAUUCAACAUGGCAAAUAAGAAGUGCAUGAAACAUAUCUUCGCCAGGAUGAUAUUCGAUUCGAGAGGAAAUCCGACAAUUGAGGUAGAUUUGAUUACAGAUCUUGGAUUAUUCAGGGCAGCUGUUCCCUCUGGAGCUAGUACAGGAAUUCAUGAGGCUCUCGAGUUAAGGGAUGGAAUUCCUACGGAAUACCACGGAAAAGGGGUAUCCAAGGCAAUAUCGAAUAUAAACGAUAUCAUCGCUCCGGAACUUUUGAAAAAAGAAUUCGACGUCACGCAGCAAAGAGAGGUCGAUGAAUUUAUGAUUGAACUAGAUGGUACUCCGAACAUGUCCCGAUUUGGUGCAAACGCAAUCUUGGGUAUAUCAUUGGUUGUGUGUAAAUCAGGCGCCGCGAAAAGAGGUCUGCCCCUCUACAAACACAUCGCAGACCUAGCAGGCAAUUCAACCCUAAUUCUCCCCGUACCAGCCUUCAACGUCAUUAAUGGAGGAUCUCAUGCUGGGAACAAGCUAGCCAUGCAAGAGUUCAUGAUUCUACCCACUGGAGCUACAUCUUUCAGCGAGGCUAUGAAAAUGGGCAGCGAGACAUACCAUCACCUCAAAAACGUCAUUAAGAGCAAAUUUGGUCUAGACGCAACUGCGGUUGGCGAUGAAGGAGGUUUUGCUCCAAACAUCCCUAUCGCUAAAGAUGCUCUGGUUCUUCUAAGAGAUGCUAUCGCUAAAGCGGGAUACACAGGCAGGAUUGACAUAGGCAUAGACGUCGCUGCAUCAGAAUUUUAUAAGGGAAAGGAAGGUACGAAAUUAUGAAUCAUCGGGCCCAAUACCCAAGUUUCCCGAGAUCCAAAAGUUCCCGAACCACACGGUUUGUACAAUCUGGACUUCAAGAACCCAAAAUCCGACAAGAAAAACUGGAUGAAACCGGAAAAACUUCUGGACCUGUACAAAACGUAUCUGAAGGAAUUUCCGAUCGUGAGUAUCGAGGACCCCUUCGAUCAAGAUGACUGGAAGGCCUGGACAGCGAUGACCGCAAGUGUGGACAUUCAGAUAGUUGGAGAUGACCUCACUGUCACUAAUCCUGUGCGUAUCCAAAAAGCCGCCGACGAGAAGGCUUGCAAUUGUUUAUUGCUUAAGGUCAACCAAAUUGGGACUAUAACACAGGCGAUAGAAGCCCACAAAUUGGCGAAAGAGAAUGGCUGGGGCACCAUGGUGUCACACAGGUCCGGGGAAACUGAAGACACCUUCAUAGCUGAUUUAGUCGUCGGUUUGGGCACCGGACAAAUCAAGACUGGAGCUCCUUGCAGAUCCGAAAGGUAUACAUGGUGCGCCAGAAGUCGACGUAAAGCUGGAAACGGGCCAAGUCAUGAUAGUUAUCAGAAAAAUAUAAAAAAAGAGACAGAUAGUAACGCCACUUUUAUUGAUUCGACAAUGUCCAAUUUAAAUUUUCGAUAAGUAUUCAACUGCCGUCCUUCAGCAGCAAUGCAAGAUUGACAUCUUCUUGAGCUAUUAUGACUUAGCCCAGGCCUCUCCAACUCGAGCACUUGGUGCUGGUGCGCCCCGGUGCCGUUCCCCCUCCACCUCGACCGCACAGCCGUCGCGACAGAGAGAAACAUAUUAGCCGACUGUCUCUCAGGUGCG